UAGCAGUCAUGAAUUGGCAUCACGCAAUCUUGCAUUGGUCUAUCGUGAUACAUAUGCAUAGUCUUCGUGUCUUGCUAUUCGACGUACUCUAAAGCAUCGAAGAUUCUUGAGACUUCGAGGCCUCUGUCACCGUUCGAGAAGGUGCAUGUCGACGACCUUGAUGGUUACUCAUGAUCAUGUACAAUUGAAGACUUGUCAAAUUAUCGUAUCUAAUGAGACUUGCCAGGACGUUGCUUGUCGCAUCAUGCUAGUACAAUCAUGCUGGAAGCCGAUGAUGUCGAAUAGUCAUGUUUGUGCCGAAGUACUGAGUGUAUAUCAAUGUUAUGCAACACACAGCGAGGUACUCUGUUUGCGAUGCUUUAUGCUGGAUCGCUUCGCCUAUCUUCAUCUGGAUCGUAUCACCCUCUAAGUGUACAAUACGAAGCAGUGGAUGACUGAUGUUCGGUCUGUUAAUCUCGGACAACCGCAUGUGGUGUGCGU